AUGAUUGCUCCUAGUAAUGUGGUAGCUGAAGGGAAUGGUGUGGAAAAUGGGGUGGAGCCUCGUGUUGUGGCUACUCCUCGUGUCCACAACUUUAAGUAUGAAAGUUUCAAGAAGUGUGGUGCUAAGGAAUUUAAUGGCACAGUUGAUGUAGUGGGUGCAAUGGAAUGGUUGGCUGAUGUUGAAGUGGUUUUUGCUUCAUGUUAUUGCCCGGAUGAUAUGAAGGUUUUAUGUGCUACUCGUGUGUUGACAAAGAAUGCUCGAAACUGGUGGAGAUCAGCUACGGUUUCCUUGACUCCUGAGGUGCUUGCUGGUAUGCCUUGGGGUACAUUCAGGGAAAAGUUUCUGGAAGAAUAUGUGGGUACACGUGAGUUAAGGUUGAUCGAGAAGGAAUUCAGGGCUUUGAAUGCUAAGCCAGGUGCCAUAGGUGAGUAUGCCCGCUCAUUUACAGAAAAGCUCCAGUUUGUAGGUCGUAUGGUACUCAAAGAGAUAGAUCAGAUCGAAGCUUACUGUGAUGGUCUUCCUGCCAGCUAUCGUGGCCUUUGCAGGCAACAUACUACUUUGUCUGUUGCUAUCAAGGAGUCUAAGAGAUUGGAUGAUGAUUUUAAGUCUGAAAAAAUGGCUACAAAAGAUGAUGAUAAGAAGUCCGGGUUCAAGAGGAGGUUUAAUGGGUCUUCAAAUUCAGAAAAACGGUUUAAAGGAGGUUCUUCCUCCCAUAAAGGUAAGGAUGAUAAGAAGAUUGCUCCAUGGUGUUUAGCUUGCAAGGCCUCACACAACGGGUCAUGUUCUGAGAAGACAAAGAGAUGUGACAAGUAUGGUAUGACGGGCCAUGCUCCCUCAGUGUGUAAGGAUAAGACUCGUCGUUACAAGUGCCAGGAGACGGGCCAUUUGAUUGCAGAUUGUCCCGUGAAGAAGAAAGAAGAUGAGAAAAAGAAAGAUGAGCCCAAAGCUAAGUCUCGUGCCUUUCAGAUGACUACCAACCUUGCAAAGGAAAAUGAUGAGGUAGUAAGCAGUACUUUUCUUGUUAAUUCAAAACCUGCUUCUGUUCUUUUGAUUCGGGUGCAAAUAGAAGUAGAAGUUGCUAACGGUACUAUUAGUGAUAUACGUGUGGGCUACGAUGAUUGUUCUAUUGAGAUUGAAGGUCGUGCCUUUCCGGUCCAACUAUUACCUACUACUCUUGCUGGCUUUGAGGUAGUGAUAGGUAUGGACUGGUUAUCUCAAAAUAAUGCCAACAUUAUUUGUUCCCAAAAGAUCGUGAGUUUUCCUACUCCUGAUGGUAAGAUCAUUUCUGUGUAUGGUGAUAAGAAAAGAGGAACCAUAAAGAUCAUCAAUAUGAUGAAAGCUCUCAAGUGUAUCCGACAGAACAAGAGUCAUUUUCUUGCCUAUGUCAUUGAUGCACGAAAAGAAAAGUCUUCCAUUUCUAACGUUGAAGUAGUUUCUGAAUUUUCUGAUGUGUUUCCGGAUGAUCUUCCCGGUAUUCCUCCUGACCGUGAGGUCACUUUUCAAAUUGAACUCGUACCCGGUGCCACUCCUGUUGCAAAAGCACCGUAUCGUUUAGCUCCUAUAGAAAUGAAAGAGUUAAUGUCUCAGCUUCAAGAGCUACUUGACAAAGACUACCGUGAGCUGAAUAAGCGAACGGUUAAGAAUAAGUAUCUUCUCCCGCGCAUUGAUGAUCUCUAUGAUCAGCUUCAUGGUGCUUCCUACUUCUCUAAGAUCGAUUUACGGUCCGGUUAUCAUCAAUUAAAGGUCAAAAGGGAAGAUGUAGCCAAGACAGCUUUUCGUAUACGUUAUGGGCACUAUGAGUUUCUUGUCAUGCCAUUUGGGUUGACAAAUGCUCCAACCGCUUUUAUGGAUUUAAUGAAUCGGGUAUGUCACCCAUUCUUAGAUCAUUUUGUGAUUGUUUUUAUUGAUGAUAUCCUGAUUUAUUCUAAGUCUAAAGAAGAGCAUCGUGAGCACUUAAGAGCCGUCCUUGAGGUUCUUAGGGAGAAGAAAUUAUAUGCUAAGUUCUCCAAGUACUGUGAAUUCUGGCUUCGAGAAGUUCAAUUUCUUGGGCAUGUCGUCUCUUCCGAAGGUAUUAAAGUUGAUCCCUCAAAGAUUGAAGCUGUCUCUAAAUGGGAACAGCCAAAGACACCCAUUGAGAUCAAGAGUUUCCGUGGUUUAGCGGGUUACUAUCGAAGGUUCAUUCAAGAUUUCUCUCGUAUAGCUAAGCCCAUGAUAGAAUUGACAAAGAAUGGGGUGAAGUUCGUGUGGGCUGAAGAUCAAGUGAAGGCUUUGAUGAAGGAUAACAUUGAUAAAGAGAGUAUUGGAAAGAAGAAAUAUCUUGCCAUGGAAACGAACAGCCGUGGUUUCCAAACGUAUAAGGGUCGAAUUUGGGUACCAUUGCUUGAUGGUAAUCGAGAAUUGAUCCUGGAAGAAGCUCAUAGGUCAAGAUAUUCAGUUCACUCCGGUGUUACAAAGAUGUAUGCAGAUUUGAAGCCUAUCUAUUGGUGGCCAAACAUUAAGGGAGAAGUUGCCCAUUUUGUUGAAAGGUGUUUGACUUGUGCACGUGUGAAAAUUGAUCAUAAAAAGCCAUAUGGAAUGUUGCAUCAGUUGGAAAUUCCGGAAUGGAAAUGA